AUGGCACCCAAAAGACAUUACAAAGAAUAUCUGCUGAAUGAGUCGAGCCAACCUUCAAAGGCAACCAAAUACAGACGGCUAGCAAAGGAGAACGAGAAUACUUUAAACUGCAGAGGAAAUUACAAGAAAUACCUCAGUGCAUCCUGUACAACUAACAAUAGAGGAGUCUUGAAAGAGAUUCCACUUUCAAAUAACGGUGAACGAACAUAUUCUCUGGAGGAAUAUCCAGGAGACAAUCCCACAACUAACAAACAGAAUGUUCCCGAUGAGGGCCUUGUUGCAGAAGGACCAAGCGGUCAGUCAUCUUUAGAAUGUUUGAGAGGAAAGCAUCUUGUCACUCCAAUAACAGAGCAUCUGCUUCAGGACAGACCAAACAGAGAUUCAUCAGAGCCUGCCGGAGAGGGGGUCUCCAGAAAUACCCACCCAGUGCUAGAAUUGCCACCCUCCACCUACUCACACUGCACUUUUCAAUUUUGUGGGGAUCAACAAGAUAUGCAAAUCGGACCAGAAGCACAGGACAUGUUAGAGAAGCAACCAGGAUGCAAUGUGCCUGCUACUCCAACUGAUCAGCAAGAGACACCAAACCAACAGGCAGAGACAUUUUUGUUGGAUGGAGAUGAUCCAGCGUAUCCUGGAGCUCCACUGACAAAGGGACAAAGUUUAAUCUUACUGAUGUCUUAUGUACUAAGGCACAAUGUGACAGGUGUGGCACUGGAACAUCUACUGAAGAUUGUUAAUGAACAUUUCCCUGGAAUGGUACCAGUAACCACAUACCUUUUUCACAAAGCUUAUGGACAAUAUGGAAAUUAUGUCCCCCAUUUUUACUGUCCAGCAUGUGAAAACUACUUGGGGGUAAAUAAUACCAGUGAACUACAGUGUGGAGCUUGUAAUGCAGUAACUGAUUCAGAGAGCUGUCUCAAAAGUGGGUGUUUCUUUCUAGUGCUUAGUUUGGAUUCACAAAUCAAAACAUUGCUUGAACAAAACCAAAGUUUAAAAAAAGACUGGCAAUGUGCAGAUGUCAUGUCAGAUAUACAGUGUGGAGAAGAGUACCAUAAACUCAAAGAAUCAGGUGAAUUAGGUGAGGAUGACAUAACUUUAAUUUGGAACUGUGAUGGAAUUCCAGUUUUCAGGAGUUCAAAGUAUCAAAUUUGGCCCAUUCAGUGCCAGGUUAUAGAACUUGAACCUAAAGAACGGAAGGCAAAUAUCUGUCUUCCUUGUCUCUGGUUUGGCGAGAAGAAGCCAAACUUCUUAACAUAUUUGAAGCCAUUUGUUGAUGAACUGCAAAUUUUAGAACAAAAUGGUAUUAAAUGGAAGGACUCAGCAAAUGUACAACAUGUCUCCAAAGUGUAUGCUCUGAUAUGCAGUUCAGAUUCAGUUGCUCGCCCACUUCUAAGAAACACCAAACAGUUUAAUGGCUUUUAUGGAUGUGAUUUUUGUUACCAUGUUGGUGGUGGUCCUUACACAAACAAAGGCCCAAAACCACAUCUUAGAACUGAAGCUAAGCAUUUUGAUCACGCAAUGGCUGCAACACCAGACAGUCCAGUAAUGGGAGUAAAAGGACCUUCACCAUUAAUGAAACUCACAAAGUUUCAAAUGAUAAAUGGAUUUGUUCCAGAGUAUCAGCAUUGUGUCUGCCUUGGUGUGACAAGGCAAUUAGCAAAACUGUGGUUUGACUCAAGAAAUCAUGACAAAGAGUGGUACUUAGGAGCAAAAUCAGACCGCAUUGACAAAGAGCUCAUUGCAAUUCAACCCCCUGUUGAGAUAACAAGAGUACCACGAUCUGUUGCAGACAGAAAAUAUUGGAAAGCAUCAGAGUGGAGGUCAUUCCUGUUAUUCUAUUGCCUGCCUUUACUGAAUGGGGUCUUACUAAAGAAGUUCUGGAACCACCUUUUUCUGUUUGUGUUCGCUAUGCACAUUCUUUUGGGAGAAAAGGUGAAACGCUGUGAUAUUGAAGUAGCUGAAAGAGCUCUCAAGAAGUUCUCACUGCAGUUUGAGAAGUUAUAUGGUGCAGCAAAUAUGACAUUUAAUGUCCAUCUUCUGACACACCUUGCAGCAAGUGUUAGGAACUGGGGCCCUUUGUGGGCCACAUCAACCUUUUCCUUUGAAUCAUUUAAUGGCACUUUGUUACAGUACUUCAAUGGGACAACACAUGUUCCAGAGCAAAUAGUUAAAAGGUUUCUUUGCUGGAGGAGUCUAACACAAAAAGCCGAAAAGUACAUGGUAGAUGCUAAUGAAGGGGUGAAAUGCAUUUUUUCACAUCUCCUAAACAGCAAUGUAUCAAGUUCUAAUUCAUCUACCCUGAAUGAAAAUGUCAGGGUUUUUGGUAAUCCCUGUCAUCACAAACUGUCAGCAUUAGAAAAACUUGCUAUCAAAGACUUGCUAAGUGUUACAGUCGAACACUGUGUUUGUUUUCACCGUUUCAUUGUAAAAGGCGUACUGUAUCAUUCCAGCAGUAACAGAAGUCUAAAAAAAAGGAUCAACUCAACAGUGGAGUUACAGGAUGGAAGAUUAUGUAGAAUUCUUUGCAUGUCAGUAUUCAGAGCAGGCGAUUUGUCAUUGCACUGUAUAUUGGUAAAGGAGCUUGUGAAGACUGAGGGACAGCUCUGCAAGGAUAGUCAACUGAACAUUGCUUCCACUUUUAUGUCUGAGGUGUCAGAAUCUAGGAAUGUUUAUGCGGUGCCCACUGACCUGUUCCACAGGAAAUGUGUUUUGAUCCAAUCAAGAGACAAACAAUAUGUUAUUCCUCUACCAAAUAAUGUAGAGAGAGAUUAAAUAGUUACUGGGGAAGUUAGAGAAAAAUUGCUGAAACCACUGCCAAAUUGUAAGAAAUAGGGAUUACAUAUCAGUGUGUAUUCUUGGUGUGCCUUAAAACUAGUGGACAAUGUCCAAAAAUGGCAACUUCAGAGGAUUAAGUCUGUAAAAAUGAUAAGGCAUACAUGGGCAAGCACACAAAGACUGUGCUGUUAAACAGUUAGUAUAACAGUUGUGGUAUAACAAAACACAAACAAAAUUGUAGGGGUGAAUACUUUUGCAAGGCACUGUACCUGGCCUCAAAAUGUUGAACUUUAACAGACUGUUUUCAUGCAAAAUCAAAGACUUUCAAAGGAUUAAUUUUUCUGUCAAGCAGCAAAGCAAAUUUCCUGUUAUCUACACAUCUUAAUAUGUUCAUAAGUGUAAUGUGUUUUCUGAUUGCUGUCAAAUGUAAGUGAAACAAUCCAAGCUUUGGAAUAUGUACUUUCCAUGUGAUGAUAAGAAAUACACAAGGUUGUACUGUUUUCUUAUUAGAAAUACUGGUGACUACUGCAUUAUAUAAAAGCACAUGGUCAAUUGAAA